CAUUGGAUGUUGGUCAUGCAGAUUUCUAAAUGAAAGACAUUUAAUUAAAUCCAUUCUAAUCCUAUCAAUGAGCUGUAACCAGUCAAAGGAAAGCUAAGUUGCUAAUGUCACGAUUAAUUACGACAAGCCUUUCAUCCGGGUAAUUGUUUUUUGACACAACAAAAUGUGCUGAAUGAGCUGUUGGUGCAAUUGACUUGUGCCAUUUUGCCAGCGUACGGACUACGUAGUCUAGUGAGGAAAUCAAGAUAAGAUCAAGCGAGAUCAAGUGCAAUUUAUAAUUUGCUUAUUCGGCCGCGUGUAUGGAAGAUGAUCUCUCUAUAGUAUAGAAAUCCAGACUGACAGGUGUUGUUCUUCGACUACACUUGAGAUCUACAUUUUCACUGAGUGGGCAUCGACAGGCUGACAGGGAAAGUUACAACCAGACCGAUAUCAGGCUCAACUGAACCAGUCGAGAACAGCUACUGGAAAAACUUCAACACAGCGUCAGUUCAAAACAGCGUUAUAUAGUAGUUCGCUGUCCCCGUCAAGUGUUUAUCGUCAAGAUUUUGUACUAAAGUUAUAUCUUCAUAAAGACAAUAAAGCCCGGUUGACCUUGAUGCCUUCUAUACUAUGAUUGGUGUUGCUGGCAUCUGUUGGGCUGAUUGAUCGAUAAAUAUAGCUCAGAGCGGAUUUGUCAUAAUCAUCUGUUAGUCUCCAGCGGUUCAUAUAUAAAGGUCAUUGUGCCAGUCAGUUCAUGAACCGCGUGAUUCCACAGAAGUAACAUCAGAGCUUAAACGUAUUAUCACCGCAUCGCAAACACAGCGCUUUAAAAGUAUUCACAAAGAAUGGCAUAUUCAAUUUCGUAUUAUUAUGAUCCAGACGACUUUGAGAUUAAGAUUGAAGAAGUAGAUACCUUAUCAGAGAAAGCAGAGAUUCAGAAGAAUAUUCGUUUCUCGACGAUCUCCGCUCAACUUCUGCCAGAUCCUGAUUGGUGUAAAAGUUUUAUGGGCAAGAGGAGUAGUCGAAGACGGAGAUUAAUCUGUCGAAAUGGUUAUUAUUUAGCAGUUCAUCCAAAUGGCACAGUCAAAGGCACGCGUUGUAAGAGCGAUCCAUACACGACGUUGGAAAUUAUCUCUGUUGGUGCAGGUCUGGUUAAAAUGUUAGGAGUGGAAGCCGAAUUGUUUGUUACGAUCGACGACAGUGGUGUUGUUCGAGCUACGGAUGUCGACAGUGAAGAAUGUGUUUUCGAAGAAGCAGUAAUUGAAAAUUUCUUUUCGAUAUAUCGUUCAUGCCGGUACUCCAGCGAAAGAUGGCUUGUCUCACUCGAUACGAAAGGCAACGCUCUUACGUCUUGGUUAGGAAACAGUCCGUGUCUAGAAUCAAGAAGUCAUUUUCUUGCUCAAAUUGUUAGCAGCGCGUGACGAUCAAGGAAUUAGUACUCCCCUCAUGAAAUUUUGACAUCGUUCUCUCCAAAGUUUAAACUUUAAAGAAAUUGUAUCUCAUUAUUGUACAGAAAUGCAUUCAUCUAUAAAUCCAUGGGUUGGGUUGCUCUCUUCCCUUGUAUAUUUCAAUCUCCUUUUUUCCAGCAAAAUAGCUCAUCCUCGCUCCUCGUAUACUAAAGAUAGUUUUAGACGGACGUGGGCAGAGAGAUCUUUCCGUUUUGUUAUGAUAGGUUUAGCUCACAUGAUUUAUCAUAACAAUGAUUCAUUUUAAUUCAGUGCAAAAAGAACUUAGUUGUCAAUAUGAACUGAUGGUUCCUAUUGUUCAUAUUAUAUUCGACUUGUUCACAUAGUUCUAAAUAAUGUACAUUCUUCUAUAUUAGGGUUUUAGUGAAAUGUUUUGGACAAAGAUGUAGGGAUACACGUCAUUAUGCAGAUAGCGUUGAUCAUGUAGUAUUUAGUUGGGGGUGUAAACUAGACAAAUUAUUUAUGAAUAGAAUGGUUGUAUAUAAUUACUUAAAAGUUAUAAAAAUUUAAAUUAUGCUCUGGCGACGAAAUAAAAUAAUUUUGAUGUAUUACGUAGUUUUGCUUGUGAGA